CGUGCAACUGCAGGGUUUUGGAAACACAGCCAAAAAAAAGUACGGUCUCCUGGACGCUCCGGAGAGUGACGCCCUUGCUGAUCUAGUUGUUGCUCAUUAAGGAAAAGCCAGUCGUCUUUGGAGGGAGAAAAGGAAAACUACAGCUCCCAGCAGCCUGCCCAGCACCGGGAAGGGCAGAGUUCACUGUCACGUUGACAGCGGAGGAUUAAGGGUGCGGGCUGGGGAGCGGGCUGCCCUGCCGGCCGCGGGCCCCAGGGAGGGCGCGACACGGUGCCGCCGCCAGCCGCCCCUCGCAGCCCCUCCGCUUUGCUUCGCCGCCCGGACCGGCUCCGGACACGCCUAGCUUUGCUGCGUUUCGUGGCGGUUCCUGAGGCCCCGAAGGGAUGUUGUCUGCGCGGGGCAGGACUCGCUCGGCCACUCACGCAGCGGGGAGACCGGUCUCCUUAUGACCAAAUCAGAAAGUGAAGCAAGGCGCUGCAGAGCCCGCGACUCCCGGAGAGCAGGAAGAUGGAAGAGAACCCGAGUGUGGACCUCUGCGGAGCUGGACCAGCCCAGGAUGAGGUGGACAGCCCAGCAGAGCCUCCAGUCCUCCAAGAGAUCCCUCCAGAAACACUUGGGCACGAGGUGACAAGCAGCUGGCCUGACACCUCCUGCAAACCAGAGGAGAAGGAUCCCGCAGUGGGUGAAUCACUGACUGCUGAUGGGGGCGAGGUGACACACUCGGGGCUGGCUGGCCUUACGGCAGAGGACAAGGUCCCCCAGGAAACCAAAGUGUCAUUGGAAGAAUCUGAGGAGAUGGGAGAUGGUGUCUCAGAAAGAUCCCAGGCAGAAGAUGACACAGAUGGAGCCAGGCUAGCCCAAGAUAAAAUGGACAGUAAAGAAGAGAGCCCUGUCCUGCAGGAAACACAUGGGCACCAGGAGACAAGCAGGCAACAUGAAAGCUCCCACAGACCAGAGGAAGAUGAUUUAUCAAUAGGCAAGUCACUAAACUCUGACAGUAAAAGGAGACAUUCAGGUCCAACUGCCACAGAAGGCAUCCCCAGCAGCUCCUUGGUAGAGAGCAUCAGUGCCUCCCUCCUAGACAAGGAGCCAGCAGAGCACACGGAGCGAGAAACUCUGGAGAGUGAAUCCCAUAGCACGCUAAGGAACAGACACGGGACCAAAGGGGACACAGCCCAAAAGUCAGAGGCUCAAUCCUGCCUGCAAAACGUCACCACCCAGAACACAAAGCAGGAGAAGGCUGAAAAGCCCUUCUUGCUGAAAGGUGAGGAACGGAAGCUUCCCUUGCGGGUUACUCAUCGACCAGAAGGCACUGACUCUCCAGGAACAAGGCUUGUCAUUGUGAUCUGCACACUGGCACUACUGGCAUACUUCAGCUUAUUCCACUCUGGCAUCCUGGCCUCCAAGUCCCAGCAAGCCCCCAUGAGCCCCACGGUGGAGGCCUUCCUGUCCCAGUUCAACCAGCUACAGGACAGGUUUCCAGGGCAGAGCCCCCACCUAUGGCUUCGGGGGCGCAAGAUCCUGCAGAAGCACCUCAAUGUGUCUCACCACACAGAGCCGGCCAUCAUUAUCUUCACAGCUGCCCGCGAGGGCGAACAGACCUUGCAGUGCCUCACCACCCAUGUGGCUGACAGCUAUGCAGCCGCCUUGCACGCCAGCACAGUCCAGAUCGAUGGCACGGAUAAAUCCGGGCUCCAGAGUGACCAGGCAAAGCUGGAGGUGGAUAGGGAGCUUAGCUCAGCUUUCCAGGCAGGGGGCCGUGCUGCAGUGAUACACCACUUCGAGUUGCUGCCGGCGGAGGCCACCCUCAUCUUUUACAAGUACUGCGACCAUGAAAGCGCUGCUUUCAAGGACGUGGCUCUGCUGCUGACUGUGCUGCUGGAGGAGGAGACGCUAGAGACCCACAUCAGCCUCCCGCAGGUGGAGGAGAGAGUCCGCGACUUCCUCUGGGCCAAGUUCACCGACACCAGUACCCCCAGCUCCUACAACCACAUGGACUCCGACAAGCUGAGCGGGCUGUGGAGCCGCAUCUCCCACCUGGUCCUCCCGAUCCAUCCCGUCCAGACCAUCGAGAAGGGAGGCUGCCACCUGCACACCAAACCCUAGAGGCAAAGGCUGCCAGAGCCCUGGGGAAGGGCUGGAAAGCCGGUCCGGGCCACCUGGGGCAGGCAGAGGCACAAACAAGCGUGGUACUUGCUUCGUAACACCCCAGUGCUUUUUUUCUUCUACUUGUUUUUCUUACCUCCUUGGGAAGGGUUUGACAGGUGUAAGUGAACCCAGCCCUUUCGGCCAGCUGCAUCUUGAAGGUAAAAAUUUGCAUGCUUCCUUCUGAGGGAUGCGAAGAACUGGUAUUUUAAACUGCUAAUUGCACAUAAGAACAUUAUUGCCACUGCGUGGGGGGGGGGGGGGGGGGCAGGAGGCAGAACGGUACUUUGCAGGUAGCAUUUCUCUCAGAAAACACUGUCCUUGUAGCAGUAUGGAUAACCUAACUAUUACAGCAGAAAGAUAUUUCUGCUCGGUAGCUCUUUCAGUCCUCCCUUCCUCCCUGCCCCUCUGUCUACUGACAUCCAAGCACACCAGUGUCACAAUUUCCUUUACCUAGACCAUCUCUCUCUUCAAUUGAAAAGACCCAUUGGAACAAAGGGAGGCUGAAUUCCCUAAACCCCCCACUUUGAAGUCAUGCUUCAAAAAGAAAAUCAGGACUGACUAGCACAGUCAUAGCUUGUGCUAGUUCAGGGUAUGGCCAGUCAGUCCUGGUAUAGCUCCACUUGCACAGACUGACUUACACCAAGCAAAGACCUGAUGCUAAAUAUAGCAUGUUCAGACAAACCUGCAAUUCAAGAACCCCCACAUAUUGAUUAAAAAUUAUUUCAGGUUGCCAGUACUUAAACAUUUCACUAAGCAGGGGAAUCCUGUGGAGUCACCCUUACAUCAGAGAACAUUUGAACUCUGAAAACCAAGACAAACCCCCAGCAAUUAAGCAAAAGCCACCUCAUUAAUGCUCUGAUAGUGUGAAGCAUUGAGGGAUUGCACGUGUAAAGGAGUGAGUAAUACAGUUUAACUUAACAUUGCCUGUAUAAAAAAGAAAAAGAUCCGCUCUUGAUCCUUUUUCCACCACAAGGUUACAACCAUCUCUUGGGGCUGAUGCAUCAGCUUCAGUCCUACAUGACAGGUUCCUCUUCACCUAGACAUCCGAUCUGUGCAUAGGGCAGAAGCUGUGAGAGUCACUGCUACACUUUGCUGCCGCGCGCAGAGAGCCUGGGGGUGUCCUCAGGAUCAGGGCAGGAGCGCGUGGACAAGACCGUCCGGCGCCCCGCCAGCGCUGUACCAGGGUGCCUGCACCCACGCUGCACCUAGCCCAGGGACUGUGAGAUUUUGCAGCCUGGCAGUCUCCCAGCUUUCUUUCCCUGUUUCUGCCUGCCCCUCGUCAGCUAACUUCUACUGAUGAACGCAGACAUUAACGCAGAUGUUUAUGUCACACCACGUAGAGAGUAGCACACCAGGUCAUCGCUCACCAAGGGUGCCUUCCUGCCAGGCAGCUGGUGCCCUGGUCUGGUCUAAGAGUGACUAGGAGCAGAGCUGAUAUUAGCUGGUAAAGAUGAAAUCUCUGGCCUUAACACUAGAUACCUUCAGCUAAGCAGGUUGGUUUCUUACUGUGCCUCCUCUUCUGUACUCCAUGAAGAGAAAUCUAAGUCCUGUAAACACUGUGUCACUCCUGCACACUGAAUUUCUGUAAAAGCUCUAGGGUAGAGCUGCUCACUCAGGGAAAGCCUGGGGUAGCUGCAGGUUAAAGCAUUUAAUAACACAAGUCAGCCCCAGGUGUCAGCCCCUGGUGCCUACAGUCACACCUGCUAGAGAAGGAGCAGCUGUAGCAAAGCAGGGCUUAUUUCCAUAUAAACAGCAUAGGCCAAGGCCUUGCAAAGGCAGAGCCUAUAGCUGAACAAGACACUAAUCAAGAACACUGAAGUGUUUUUAAAAGCUGCAUUUUAGUGCUCCUUACAGCAACCAGGCCCUUGUGUUGGCUGGGUCUCCCACCAGUGGUGCCUUGCUGAUCUGCCCUCGCUGACGGCUCAGCUGAGGCACGGUCAGUCACCCCAAAGCCUAAAAUCACAGCCUGUCUCUUCUUCCCUCCUGCCAUGUGCCUUGUCCUGUCUCAGGGGAUCUGGGGCAAUGAACUUGGAGAAGGGGAUGAAAUGAAGGAAGAGUGGGUUAUUCAUUUGAAUUCUGACCAAAGAACAGACAUUUUGUUUCUUUACAACGUUAGUCAUAUGAAGACAAAACCCAUUUUUCUCCACGGCUGGCAGGGUUUUACCCACUACCCCGAUCUGGCAGAGCAGCUGUGAUUGCUGCUCAGUUUAUCUCCCAUUGCAGAUACGAAGUUGAGUUACUGCUGCAGAAUUAAGCACCAGUGUGAAGUGGUUCAUACAGGUUAUAACCGUAACAAACACUGGGCUAGAUGGGAAAACUGCCUGCUGGAGUCCAGCAUCACAAGGGGCCAGCCCAAGGCACGCUUUUGUACAAGAUAUGGGUAAAAACCAACUUGGUUGCUUCAUCCCCUUCCUCCUUUCCAUUGCUCUACGCUACUUUGGAAAACACGUUUUCUGCUCUGUACGGUUCAGUGUUAGCAUUGAUGUAAGAACUGGCAAAGCAUUAAUUGUGUUAUGUUAACAUCUUUAAGGAAAUGAGUAUUUAAAAGCUAGCUCACUAACAAUUUUAUGCACUGUGUUUGCAAUGCAUUCUCAAGGUAUGCAGUGGCAACUUAAUGCUGCUUGCGCAUGUCACUGUAAGCUUCAUCCACCACAAUUGUUCCAAUAUGGAGAUAUUUUUAUGACCUUUUAAAGACAAAAAAAAAAAAAAAACCCUGCUUGCUUCUGAACCAAGACUUCUAUUUAAAAAUAAAUAAUGAGAUUGUGGGAAAAAAAACAGCAAAGCCUUCAAAGUGA